GUGGUUCAGUGGAUCAGCUACCAUUUCCGAUGCACAGCAUAAUGCAAUUAUUUGGCCUGCUACUUUGCUGUCUCUUUCUGAUGGCCGGCUUGGGCAAGUUGCAUGCCACACCAAUUGGCGACCAUGCCGAACAUGCUGGCUGCGUACGUGUGACGAUCAUCAAGCAGCCACUGACCACAGCCGCACCAGUAACCACAACACCACCGACUACAACAACUGUGGCGGCUGGCUGAAAAGCCGAGUUAAAAGAUUUAAAAGUAUUUUUGUUAUUCAAAUGUGAAAUAAAAGUGUGCUUAAAAACAUCAAGGCGAA